CGCACAAGUAUGAGGAAGUUGGGCGCCUGUUUUCCCAGCAUGGGGCCCCGGGGAGGAGAGAAACUAAGCAAACUAUCUUUCCAGUCUGGGUGCCAGCGCCGUUGACCCCGGCCAGCAGGAGUCCAGCUAGCUAGGGAAAGGCGUGUGAUCGGCCUCAUCCCGCCCCGGGUGGAGGGGGCGUGCGGGGCCAGCCACCCCCAGGAGAGCGGCAGAGGGGCCCUGCGGUGCGGCUACACCCUGUUCUCAUCGGACCCAACCGGCUCUGCGGGCCCGCCCAGCGCCGCGGGCGCCAGGCAGGGCAGUGCUGUGUGCGCUGUUCCGCACCAGCAGUCCCCUCCCUGUGGGCGGCUGCUCCUCCGCCAGGCCCGUCUCACGUCCCAGGGCGGAGCCUGGGGGGACCCCGCCAGCCGCAGCUGCCCCCCAGGGAAACUGGGGGAGCAGCCACGAGCCCCCAGAGCGGCACGGGACAGCGCCGACCGGGGAGCUGUGAGGCAGCCCCGUCCGGGGCUGGGGGGAAGGAGGCUGGGGCGCAGCAAGCCACUUCCCUUGGGCUGCCAGGCGAGGAGGCAGCGUCUGCAGGUAUGAACCACUGCGUCCUGUAAGAUUUAUUUUGCUGGCUCUUAUCCUUGAAGAAUGGCUGCCAUGUCUUGUGCAAAUUGUUCCCUUCAAUACUACAGCCAACUCAAUCAACCUCUUGAAGCUAGCUGUAUGCUGCUCCUGAUUAUGCUUGGAAAAGUGUCGCUCAAUCUCUUCAUGUUGCGAGUUAGAAGUCUGGAUGUAAAACAAAGUUUUAUGGGAUAUUUCUGUAUUUCACUGGCACUCCUUGACUUCACAGUUCUGGUGAAUAUAGCUUUCAUCUCCUAUUUUGAGGACUUUGCACUUUGGGGUGUGAGAUUUACCAAGUACCACAUUUGUCUAUUCACUCAGAUAAUUUCCCUUAUGUAUGGUGUCUUGCAUUACCCAGUUUGUCUUGUGUCUGUUCUGGAUUAUUACAUGACUAUAGCUCAAACCCCUAAACCUGCUAGCAUAGGUCAAAGACUAUUUUAUAUACUUGCUGUGGUUUUUAUAUGGAUUUCAGUCCUCUUUUAUAUUCUGAAAGUUCCAGCUGUCUCUGCAGAAUUAGAAAUACAGAACCACUUUUUUACAUGCCCUUUCUAUAUCAGUGUUCAGAGCUACUGGCUGUCAUUAACCAUCCUGUUUGUUAUAGGUGUGGCUCUUGUGAUUUGUUGGUCAGAAGUUAUAACUAUGGUGCGAUCCGUCCGGAUUAUUUCCUUUACAAGUGUGACUGUUUUAAUCUUUUCAUAUGCAUCUGACUGCGAUUGCACUGUCUGUAAAAAGCAGCUUUUGACAAGACUCCUCAUCUGCUUUCUUGGCACCUGGACACCUUUUGUUUUCCUUCAGAUGAUCAUCUUGUUGCUUGGUGCUCAGAUUCCAGCCUACAUGGAGAUGAAUGUCCCCUGGCUAUACUUCAUAAACAGCUUUCUAAUCGCAACAGCAUACUGGUUUAGGUGUCAUGACAUUCAAUUGACAGAGGGGAUGUGGUCUGCAGAUCCAUUUGUCAGCUGGAAAUUCUGCUUCAUCCCAUUUAACAAUCAAAAUACAGAGCAAGCUGAAAAGCCAGGCACAGUAAUCAUCUGUUAAUGAACUGCUGUGUGAAAAGAAUACAAAUAAGUGCUGUGCAUCAGAGGUGUCUGACUAUGCUAUUUUGAUGUCCUCUGUGAACACAUGUAAAUAGAUUAUACAAGGAAAUUCCUCAAACUACAAUAUGAAGAAAAAUUCACCAAAAUUCUCCAAUAUAUAAUGGAAUAUUGCACUAUAAUGUGGAAUGCUGCACUGUUUUCCAAGAUACACUUCACAUAAAAAUGGGUGCUUAAUGCACAAAAUAUUUUAAUGGAAUGUGUUAUAUUUUCAAAAUAUAGUUGAAAAUAGGUAAAUAAAAAUGUCCAAUACUUCUGCAAAAAA